AUGAAUCUCGUACGUGAUCAAUUCGAGGUGAACUAUUUCGGCCCUCUCAACAUCAUCAAGGCCACGCUCCCCCAUAUGAGGAAAGAGCGAGCAGGGCAUGUGAUGAUUAUAUCAGGGAUCACGGCGCAUAUCGGUACACCCGGACUAGGAAUGUACUGCGCGGCAGGUUGGGCCCUCGAAGGAUUCUGUGAUAGUCUGGCUUAUGAAAUUGCUCCAUUCAACGUCAAACUCACCAUCUUCCAAUGCAGCAUCGAAAUUGGCAUCCUCACCAACCUAGUAAUCAGCGUCCCCCCAAUCUUUCCGGCCUAUUCGCCCGCCGACAAUCAAGCACCUCUCUUCCGCGGGAUCCUAAACCACCUUGUCCCCCAACUUCCCGAUGCAUCCUUUUCGUCUGACAGCCCAGUCACACCCAGUCGAGCAAACGAUGAAAAUGCCCGAGUCAGCUCCAUAGAAAAUGGCCCAUUCUCCGCUCCAGAGGUUGUCUCCAUGCACCCACCAUUAAGCUCCGCACACCUUGAGGUGCUGGUCUCUGAAACAGUCUAUGCCAUAACAUCAAUUGCUGGCCAUGAAAAUCCUCCUUCACGACACAUUGUUGGACAAGAAGGUGUUGCAAGUGUUAAGGAGAAGCUCAAGACUGUGAGUGAAGAACUCGAAGACUUUGUACAGGCCAGUUUUGCUGUUGACGUUGCUGCGGAUUCGGAUCAUACGCCCGCUGUAUCUGAAAUGAACGACGGGCCUUAG